CGAAGCUAAGUUGGCUGCGGCUGAUGAUUUUGUGUUUACAUUUUGCCGGCAAAUCGAAAACUGGAUUUAGAGGCCCUAAAUUAACCAUGAAUCUGUUCGAGGAGCUGGACACCUUGGACCCCUCCUUCAAACUCGAACCUCCCCGCAUCGAGACGCCCACGGCGCACAAGAUUACCGUGCUGAUACUGCUCAAACAGUAUGUGAUUAACAAAAAAAACUGUUUGGAUACUGGGAUAUCCAUGCGCACCCAGCGUCGCCGUAUGUUCUAUAUGCUGGUAUUCAAGCUCAUCCAGGAGCAGGACAAAAGUUACAAUGAGCUACAUAGUUUGUUGACCACGGGGAAAUACAAACUGGAUACACUGAUGCUGGAAUCCUUCGAAAAAGCCAUGUCCGAGUUUUGUGCGGGCAGCAUUGAGGCCUUGUUUGACUUCUCGGAGAUCCAGAACAUCGACGAGAUCCUAAACGAAAACUAUGGCAUUAGCCAGUUCAGCAUGGUGGGCGUUUAUGUGCGCAGAGUGGGCGUGGUGCUGGAGCGCCUCAGUUUCCCUGAGAUGAUGGAUAUGUACAAGAACGUGUGCUCCUAUUACGAGAGAGGAGUUCGAGCUGCUGCCUCUGGUUCCAGAAUGGCCGUAGCCGGAGGUAUUCUGCACAGGGAGGAGACUCCUCCUCCGAAUCCCAUAACAGAAAAGCCUGAGGACCCUAAAACUAAGAAGAAAGUGGAGACCGUAGCUCGUAUUGCCCAAGAACGCAAUCCCCUGAGCAAAUGGGCACCCAAACAGGCAAAGUUUUUCAUCAACAAACAGUCGGAACUGCUGGAGAACAACGAACGUAAGGCUUUGCCUCCUUUGGAACUCCAGAAGAAGGUGCAGGAGAUCAUACACGACCUCCCACUAACAACUACACCCUAUUUCCUGGGCUACAUGAAUCAGUUGAGAGUUAGGGACUACUACAAUGCUCUCUCUGCACUCCACAGAGCAUUGGACAGGAGUCCCGUGCGCCUGAUGAGCCAGGAGAAGGGCUACCAGUAUUUUUGCGUCAACCUGGCGGUGCUGCAUGCCACCUUUGGUCAUCGGGAUGAAGCGCUAGCAGCACUCAGGGAAAGCAUUAUGCUGGCUCAGGAACACGGCGACAAAAGGAGUCUCAACCUUGCCAACACUUGGUACUGCUUACUCAGGGAUGAGCUUCCCUUGUCCGCUGUUCAAAAGAGCGUGCAGGAUGCCAACGAAGUGGAUGGCUCUCUGCUGCAGAACUACACCUUAGCCCUACACUUCGCUGUAAAACUAGGAACGGUGGCUGGCUACCAACCACUAAGACUCUUUGAUCUCCUGCAGCACAGCGACAAUCUCACCAAUCGCAACAACUUCGCCGACCACGCAUCAGAGGCCCUUGCCUUGAGGAGUGCUGUUUGGUCUGCUUAUGGAAGGCAUGAGCUAGCUGCUUUGUACUCCCAAGUCCUAUUGACAGGCAGAGACAGGUUCGGCAGUGGAUCUGCGGGCUUGGGAAGCGCUUUGGCCAGUUUCGCCCUGUGGCUUCAGUUGCAAGGAGAGCCACAACUAUCCAAAGUACUUCUACAUCAUGCUAAACAGCGCUUUCCGCGUUUGCCCAGCGCCGAGGGUUGGAUGAUAAGCCAGUGCCAUGUGGUCAUUCAGGCGGGAAUCUACCAGUGUCGCUGGCACGAUGCUCUGAAGGCUUGCGAUCAGCUUUAUUUGAUCGAUCCCUCUGACUCCUUAUGCCAACGUGCCUCCAUAUACGUGGCCAAGCGCGAGUUUUUCAAUGCCAGGCGCCUCCUGGACAAGUUGGCCGUGCAGGAUAACGUACCAUUCCUCCUUAGGAUGAGGGUCCAAGUCCUGCUUGGCUAUUGUGGCAUGGCGAACGGUCGAUUUUCAAGUGAAACUACAAUGCUUCUGCUCCGUGUGUCCGAGGAAAUGUCCGAGGCCCAGAUGGAUUACGAGUUGGCCCUGGUGGAUCUGCUCCUGGCCCAGCAACUAUUGCUACUCGGAAUGCCGCAGAAGGCCUAUCAGGCAAUAAAGCGCUGCAUGCACGACAUUCACAUCAACGGCGGUCUAUAUGAGCGAGCAAAAACGGAUUUCGUGUUCGUUCGCUGCCUGUUGGCCAUCAAUCAGAAUGAUGCGGAGAAACGGAAAGCGCAGCUGAUUAAAUCGCAAGAAAUCCUCCAGCGUGCAGCUCAAUCAUUCAAGAAACUGUCCGCACAUGCAAAGGUUUUGGAUGUGUACGUGUUCUUGGCACAGCGAUUUAACGAAUUUGGCGAUCGGAAUUUAAGGAACAAGUACGCUGGUGAGUUCCGACGCUAUUUUACGGAUCACCCGAUUCCAAGGGAAUAUCUGGGAAGUCCUUAGUUUCCGUCUGUUGUUAAAUUCUAAAUAAAAUUGUUCUUACAACCUAAGGAAUCUCAAUUCA